AUGAGACAAGUUUCACGUGACCCGAUUAUAGGCCUAAUGGGCGUGAGUGCACCGCGAGGACCUGCAGGCGUUGUGACUGUGGAGCGGUUGAAGAUGAGUUGCAUGUUUUCAAAUGAAUGCCCCCCUUACAAGAGCAUACAGGCUAAGUAUGAUGGUGAUCUAGUCUUUAAGGGGCGCAGCAUGCGCACCAUUAUGACUGAGGCGCCACCCCUGGCAUUGGCCAGGUACCUCGGAAAUUUGGGAGGCCAGGCACGUUGUGCUGAGGCGCUUUGCCCUGAAGCAGACGAGGUGGAUGAUGAUGACCUCCUGUGUACCUGCAUCAAUUUCAAUACAACGUCCAUGGCCCCCCCGGCUUUUAUGGACACACCUGCACUUGUGUGCGGAACUUGA